AUGUUGUUGAUAAUGAUAACUUGUUCUGUUCAGUCAUACAAAUCAAAUGACGGUUAUGGCGAUUGCGAUUCGUGUCCUAGUCAUAGUAGUACCAAAACUACAGGUAGCUCCGAAUGCCAAUGUGACGCAGGAUACUACCGAGCGGAAGAUGAGGGACCUGAAGUUUCUUGUACACAGCCACCAUCAAAACCAUCUCAUGUGAUUGUCGUUCGAUUGGAUGAAACAUCUGCAACGAUCGAAUGGGACGAACCGUUAAAGCUUGGUGGACGAAAGGAAUUAUGGUAUCGUUACUAUUGUUCCAAAUGUCCAUCACCAGCUUCUUCAAGCCCUACUGAAAGCACCUUCACUACAAGACGCUUGAAUCUAGCUGGUUUGACACCUGCAUCCACUUAUACAGUGCUGAUUUUUGCGGAAAAUAAAGUUUCUAAAAUGGAAUCUGCUCUCAGCCGAUAUGCCUUAGUGGAAUUUACUACGCGACCAGUGGUGCCUCUUGGAAUAACUGGCCUUAGAAUUGAGGGUGUUUUGGAAAAUGGUGUCACAAUUGCAUGGAAACCUUCAAGUAUAAUAGAAGAGGAGUUAUUUUAUGAGAUUGAGUCAUUAUACAAUGAUACGUCGACAGUUGUGAAGACCGUAGAUACAUAUUAUACUUUCGAAAGUUUGAAACCACAGUUUAUUUAUUCAUUUCGAGUAUUUGUUAAAGUGCGCAUGGUAAAUGCAUACGGGUAUGGUCCAUGGAGUAAACCUUUAAGGUAUCAGGCAGGCCGUGGCUUAUCUCUGGGCCCAAUGUCUGAUGAUGCUUUCACUUAUAACAACAUUAUUACAACGUUUAUAUAUCUUUCAAGUGAUUUGCAUUGGUCAUCUCCUGGACCACCGCUCUGGAUUUGGAUAUUACUAAUCUGUGUGUCUCUUAUAAUUCUACUUUUUACCUUAAUUCUUUGCUCACGUCAGAGUCGAAAUCGAAAAAGGCUGGGAGAUUGCGAUGGCAUGGAUUCCUACAGAAACGGUGCACUAACGCCAGAUUUUAACGCAUCACCUCCUCAAAGUGUUGUGAAAAAUUUAUUUCAUGGAAAAUUCGGUCUACCGCUGAUUAAUUAUGGUUUAUCGCAUUCUACUAAUUAUGGUGAAAGUAACUGUUUCAAGCCGUAUGCUUUGUCAGAGUUCACGAACGAUGUUGAUCCAAGUUCAAUACGGAUAACUGAAGUAAUCGGAAGUGGGGAAUUUGGUGAAGUUUGUAAAGGUGUGCUGCAACCGUCAGCUUACAAGAUCGCAUCUGCAGAUAUCAGUCAGGUUCAGACUGUUGCUAUAAAAACGCUAAAGCCAGGUAGUAGUGAAAAAGCUAAAAGUGAUUUUUUAAUGGAGGCAUCAAUUAUGGGUCAGUUUGCUCAUGAAAAUGUCAUUCAACUUAUUGGGGUUGUAACGAAAAAUGAACCGGUUAUGAUAGUAAUUGAAUAUAUGGAAAAUGGAUCAUUAGAUCAAUUUCUCCGAAAAAAUGAUAACGGUGUUCUUGAACUAGUUCAAAUUCUCGAUAUGUUGCGAGGAAUAGCAGCUGGAAUGAAAUAUCUUACUGAAAAAGGUUUUGUACAUAGAGAUUUAGCAGCUCGAAAUGUUUUGGUAGAUUUAAAUUAUCAAUGUAAAAUUGCUGAUUUCGGAUUAAGCCGAGGUUUGGAAGGAACCACUGAACAGGAAUAUACUACUAAUGGUGGUAAAAUUCCCGUCCGUUGGACAGCACCUGAAGCUAUAACACAUCGAAAGUUUACUGCAGCAUCAGAUGUUUGGAGUUUUGGUGUCGUCAUUUGGGAGAUGUGUUCUUUUGGUGAACGACCAUAUUGGGAUUGGACAAAUCAAAAAGUAAUCAGCGAAAUCACUCUCGGCUAUCGUUUGCCAGCUCCCAUGGAUACACCAGUUUCUUUGCAUAACCUUAUGCUAGACUGUUGGCACAUUGAUCGUCAUAAAAGACCAACGUUCCCAGAAAUUCUUAAAGUUCUGGAGAAAUAUGUUCGUCAACCAGCGUUAGUGUAUAGCGAAGGCAUUUGCUGCUUGGAUGAUGUUGUAAAUAUCUCGAAAAACUUUUCGUUCUCUAAACUUGGUACGUCUCCUCGUUCAGCUGAUGACGAUACACCUGUAUUACCUGCAAACUUACCAACCCAUCUUCCUCUUGAUGAAUUCCUGAAGCACAUUGGCUUAGGACACUGUUUGCUAAAGCUUAAUGUGGCUGGUGUGAACAGAGUAUCUGAUUUGUUACGUCUUGGACAUAUUGAUUUACUGAGCUGUGGUUUAAUCACGGAGGAAGUUCAAAUGAUCAGAGAUGCACUCAGGAGACUGAAUAUCACAUUGCAACGUACUCGGAGUCGACUGGAACAUUAUCAUUCUCCUAUGUGCCACUAUUCACAGCAAUCGCAAGCUGCUUUGCUGUCGUCACCGCGAUUCGGAACAGUGCCAAGAACUCUGUCUUCUGUGCCAGCAUCUAGCAGUGAUAGCUUUUUCGUGUAA